AAACGUAAUUAAUUUAAAAAAAAGGAAAAGAGUCGCAGUCUCUCUGUAUUUCAUGACUGCCUUAUGUGACAGUGAUAGUGGUCAAAAUUAAUGUCCGGCCAUUGUGCUUUCACACAGAAUUAGGGUACUGUUACCAUUAACUCUGCCGCUAACAAGAGCGACAGUCGCUGGCAACCGAGACUUUAUUCACUGACAGUUAGCUAACGUUAAAUGCUGAUUUAACCGCCUCUGGGAAACAUUUGGCCCACCGGCGUACCUGUAAAUCACCAUGUUUUAGCUUAUGUCUCGCCCAGCCGUCAGGGACCCACGAAGAAAUAUCAAAAGAUGUCCGAUACUGCCAAUGGUCGCUUCAUGUAUUUCGCCUUUGGGAGCAACUUGUUGAAGGAAAGACUGCAACUGGCAAACCCAUCGGCGAGAUUUUGCUCAACCGGCCGGCUAAAGGACUAUGAGUUGAACUUUGGCCUGUGGGAGAAACAUGUGGACAACACUUGGCACGGUGGAGUGGCCACCAUUGAGUCCUGUCCUGGCGCAGAAGUGUGGGGGGUGAUCUGGACUUUGAGCAAGGAUAACCUCUGCAGCCUAGACAACCAGGAAGGGGUGAAUCUGGGGAUGUACUCUCCACUAGAGGUUUUAGUGGAGACGGACAAAGGACUGGUUCUCUGCAGGACUUAUCAGAUGAACAAUUUCCACGCCUGUCCUCCCUCCCCUCAGUACAAGCAGGUGGUCUGUCUGGGUGCAGAGCAGAAUGGACUCCCAGUGGACUACCUGAAGAGGCUGGAGGCCAUUCAAACUAACAACUACUGCGGCCCCUCAAUCCUUGAUCAGAUCAAACCAGUUAUGAAGUAGAGAUUUUAAGUCCAGUUGACAAAAACAACCUCACCUCUAGGUCCAUUAAGUAGCUGGUCUGAGAAGGUCACGAGCACAAUAGAAAACAAAAUAGAGCACAGAAAAGUUGCAAGUGGGCCUUGUGUAGUGGUGGGUUACUACAACAACCAAGGUCCACUUAAUAGCAGUUUCUGGAGUUUUUCCACUAUCUUCAUUAUUACCUUAAUCAUUAAUAUAAUAGCAUUUAAAUGAUAAUAUCAUAAGUAAUGGUGAUGAAGACUGAGAUUCAGUUCACAGAAUGUGGAAAAAGGUAGAUGGAGGACUGGAUCAUGAGUGAAGAUUUUCUGUUAAACUAUUUCUGAGGUCAAGACUGAGACUGAAACGGCUAUGAAAUUUAAUUGGCACCACUGUAUGGCCAGAAGUUAAUAAUGCAUGCACUUAAUACAAGGUAGAUUUAUUUUUGUCACAUUACAACAGGUUGUAAAGUGAAAUUAAGUUUGUAACCCGCUUCUGCUAGCAUAACAUACAAGCAAUUAUAUAUAACUAACAUAAAAGCAAUCAUAAAAAUGGUAAACAGAAAUAAACAAUAUUGGGGGGGUAAUGAGUUUAAAGGUCUGAUAGCUUGGGGGGGGGUCUGCUUAAUGAAGGUACAAUUAUUUGGUUGGGCCCCAAGACACGCCUUGUCUUUUAUUUAGAGUUGCUAUUCACUUGAGUUUUUCGAGAAAUGUACUGAAUUUUAGUGCCAUCACAACGGGAGACUAAAAUGUAUGUGGCAUGCUGAAUAUUGUUUAAUUCCAGUAUUUCUCAGGGGAAUCACUGAUGAAACAUCCUCACGACUUAUUGCACUGCCUUUUAUUAUGACCAUUAUGUUCUAUUCCAGCCAAUAAAAGGGGAAAAAGAGUG